AAGCACUUCAUAGUUUCAAUGUGGGCGUUGUGGGACGAACUGACUACGUUUACCAGAAUGCAACGCGCCAGUCUCAGCCGAAGGGAACUCUGCCUCACGAGGAAGAGCAGUUUGACAGACGGUCUGACAUCAUUUAAACAUGGAACAGGACAACAAUUCCGAGGAUGAGUCAGUGGGGCGACUGCCGGAACCUGCCGACGAGGAGCCGCCCUGUAUACCUCCAGGACUCGCGGAUGGUGAGACGGUGGAGAUGCUCUGGCAGCUGCGAUCCCAGCGGCGCCAGUCCAGCCCAGAACUCCCGGAGACGGUGACCCGUCUCACUGCCCCCGACGGCAGCGUCCUGUACCUGGUGGGCACCGCCCACUUCAGCGACAGCAGCAAGAAGGAUGUAGCCACGACCAUCCGCGCCGUGCAGCCGGACGUGGUGGUGGUGGAGCUGUGCCAGUACCGCGUGUCGAUGCUGAGAAUGGACGAGAGCACGCUGCUGAAGGAAGCCAAAGACAUAAACCUGGAGAAGGUUCAACAGGCCAUCAAACAGAACGGGCUGAUGUCGGGUCUCAUGCAGAUCCUGCUGCUCAAAGUUUCAGCUCACAUCACAGAGCAGCUGGGAAUGGCCCCCGGGGGGGAGUUUCGAGAAGCCUUUAAGGAGGCCGGACAGGUGCCGUUCUGUAAAUUUCACCUCGGGGAUCGACCCAUUCCCGUGACCUUCAAGAGAGCCAUCGCAGCUCUGAGUCUGUGGCAGAAGGCGCGUCUGGCCUGGGGGCUCUGCUUCCUGUCAGACCCCAUCAGUAAAGAAGACGUGGAGAAGUGCAAGCAGAAGGACCUCCUGGAGCAGACCAUGUCAGAGAUGAUCGGAGAGUUUCCCGCCCUCCACCAAACCAUCGUGGCUGAAAGAGACAUCUACCUCACGCACACGCUUCGCCAAGCUACCCGCUGUGUGGAGGCCCCCCACGAUGCCCAGAAAGUGCCUGCCGUGGUGGUCGGGGUCGUGGGAAUGGGUCACGUCCCGGGGAUUGAGCGGAACUGGGAAAAGCAGCUGGACAUCGAGGAAAUCAUGCGGGUGGCCCCGCCCUCGCGGUUCAGCCAGGUGUUCAGGACGAUCCUCAAGGGCGUGGUGAUGGGAAUGCUGGGAUACGCCUGCUACCGCGCCGGAGGAACUGUAGGAAGGAGCUUGCUGUCUUUACCUGGAGUUCAGUCUUUGAUGGAGACUCUGCGUCCGCCCCCUGCUUGAGCCCCGCCCCCCCGGACAUGACGAUUGAUCUAUUUAAAUGAUGCAUUUAUCACCAGUGGCCUUAAAAUCUCCAGGUGAGGCUGGAUUCACUUUCAGCAGACUUCAAAGUAACCGAGGACGUCCCAGAGCUGCUCCGCUCGUCAUCCGGACCCGGAGGAGAACACGCUGCCAAAGAAACCACACCAGUACUAAACAUGUUCGUUCCCCAAUCAAAGAAAAUCUGUCUUCAUUUCCCUCCUGAUGUGACGGAGCUCUCCUCUCACCCUGCAUCCUUCUUCUACCACACGGUGGUACUUUGUCCUCUGGUUCUUUUCUGGACAUUCACACUGAAAAAACAGCGAAGCAGGAGCACAACGGCCCGUAGAGGGAAGGUUAAAGUCAGCAGCAACAUGCAAAACUAAAGAAUUAACGUUCCAGUCAAGAUCCGAUCAGUCGAUCUUCCUGUUCUGCUGACAGCAAGUGCCUGAUGCAGCUGCAGCUGGAAGGGCUUCAGUUCAACACAAAACCUUUGUUUUCUGUUCGAGUCGUUCGUAAACUCAUCAUGUUAGAAACACGUUUGCUGCUGUUCAAAAAUAUUUUUUAUUUGACUAUUUUACAGCGUUUGAACUGAUGCAGGCUGGACCUCAGAACCACUCAGGACCACAAUAAAUCCUCUGAUUUGUGUCUGCGAUUGAACCCACAACUUCAAUUCACUCUCACUGUUAGGUUCUAAUUUAUUCUUUAUUUGUGUUACAGAGACGAAUGUUGUUUUCAUAACCGGCUGCUUUAAAUACUGUUUCCCGUUAUUGAAUAAUCCGAACUCAAAAGUAAAAACUUUUAUUUUCCCUUUUAACUUGAGGGUAAAUUUAAAAUAAUUUGCUCCUAAAGUGGAUUUGCAUGUUCUUGUGUAACCCGAAGGAACCUUCUGGGAGAGGAAGCCUUACAGACGUCACCGAUGCCUUUAAUGGAGACGGCUUUUUCUUUAAGCUUUUGAACAAUGAGGAGCUGCAUCUGUAGGAGAGCAUCCUGCUGCAUGUCGACCGUUUCCCUGAAACACUGUCCAGCAAGGACAGCUUCAAUGCUCCACGUCAGUUUUUAGAUCAUUUUCAUGCCUGCUUUAUAUGUGAUUUCUGUACAGACAUUUAUACUUUAGAUGCAUUAAUAAAAGGUACUUCAAUCACUUUCAAUUACUUAA